UAAAACGAUUUGCUGCAGGAACAUGGUCCACAUCUGACUUGACUUGCUGAGGAAACAGAGCCCUGCCCACCGCGCCGUAGUGAAGCUGCUGAGUGGAGCAGACAGUGAGCAGAAGGACGCGCAUUUACAGUCUGCAGAAAGCAAGCUUUCGCUUUCGGCGCGAUUCGUGGCACAUACUGCAGAUUUUAGCCCUGAAUGCACCGAUGAAGAAAUGGCAGCGGAAUCGACCAGUAGAUUUACGAAAAGCCUCCUGAAGCCGGGAAGCGCAGCUGAGAUCCGCCAAACCGCAUCUAAUGCUGUGAGGAACGCUACUGUAACGCAGGAGAAGCCCAAACUGAUCGACCCUCUGGACUAUGAGGCUGUGAUUUCAGAGCUUGAACCUGAGCUCAGAGAAGAUCCUCUUCAAGAUCUCCUGCUAUUCCCAGACCUCGACUUCACUGUGUCCACUCUUCCUGUGGAGCAGAGAACGCUGAAGUCCACUGUGCCAGAGGGAUCCGACACACACGCUGAAUGUCUGCUGGUCAGACAGGCCUGUCAAUAUUACAACUCCCAGCUGCAUGUGAUCCAGUAUAAAUAUGAAGACUAUGCAGGGGACUACCGCACGCUGCCCAGGAAGCUGUGUAAAUCAGAGAAGUUGCCCUCGCACUCCUUUGAGAUCGACAAUGAAGAUGUGGACAAAGAUGAGGAUACAACUUCUCUGUCAUCAUCUAAAGGCGGAGGAGGUGGAGCAGGGAGUGGAGGUGCAGGGGGAAUCGGGGUUUUUAAGUCCGGCUGGCUCUAUAAAGGCAACUUUAACAGCACUGUCAACAACAGUAUCACUGUCCGGUCCUUCAAGCGGAGAUAUUUUCAGUUGACUCAGCUAACUGACAACUCUUACAUCAUGAACUUCUAUAAAGAUGAGAAGAUAUCAAAGGAACCUAAAGGCUGUAUUUUUCUGGACUCGUGUACCGGGGUGGUUCAGAAUAACCGCCUGAGGAAACAUGCCUUUGAGUUGAAAAUGAACGAAGUGACAUAUUUUGUCCUGGCUGCCGAGAACGAGUCAGACAUGGAUGAUUGGAUCAACACUCUCACACGCAUCCUGCAGAUCAGCCCUCCGGACGGCCCGGCUCUGGAUCGCAAGAGUGCGGACCUGAGCGACAGCAAACAAGAGAUCAUUGAUGCGUCAUUGAAUCAUGUCCCUGUUCAAAAAAAUGAGGAAACAGCUGAAAACGGAAUCCACCCUGAGCUGGCCAAGUAUAUUUCUGAGACCGAGGAAUCAGCGAGAGCUGCCAGAGGAGAGGAAAGACUCAACCUGUUCUCUCUGGAUCCUGAUAUUCCUGUUUUGAGGAGUCCCAGGAUGGAGUCUGCUUCUGCCCAGCCGUUCGAUGAGAAACUCGGGAAGAGACUGAUGAUCUCCUGCUGCUCGCUCAACCUCUCACUGCAGGGCUGCGUCAACGAGGCCGACACUGAGCCAGUGACUAAUAUCGAGCCUUUCUUCGUGUCGGUUUCUCUGCUGGACAUACGCGAGGGCAGGAAGGUUUCCGCUGACUUCCAUGUGGACUUAAACCACGAGGUUGUGCGGCAGAUGCUCAGUAGCUCUGGUAGUGCGGGAGAUCAAGGCUCGGAUGGUGCUCCGCAGGAGAAUGGCCUGACCUCACCUGUGGAGAAGAAGACAGAGGACUGCCAGCUGAGCUCUGAGCUGGAGAACUGGCUGCGCUUCCCCAAACAGGCGAUUUUUUCAAUUACGAACCCACAUACAGACAUCGUGAUGGUGGCACGGGUGGAGAAAGUGUUGAUGGGAAAUAUUUCCAGUGGUGCAGAACCCUACAUUAAAAACACAGAUUCCAGCAAG